AUGGCAUUUGCAAGACAAGAUAGAGAGGAACGCAAGGGAAAAAAGCUCAACUAACUAAAGUACUAAUGCAGAAGCGGCCGGCACCGUACCCCAACUGAGCAGGCCAGGAACAAUUGAACAAACAAAACAAGUCUCACUCCGAUCCAUUGCAGUUGCAGGCAGGCAUGUUCUUCCCCGGAUCCAUAAAAUAAGAUAAUUAAGAUAAUCCUCCAUCAGCAACAUAAUGUAACUGCUCUCUGCUCUCUAGGUAACCUACCCUGCUCCCAUUUUAUAUAUCACUUUAGCUUUGCAUAUGCAUAGUACAUACUUGUCAUUAGUGCAUAUAUAUAUAAUAAUCUUGCAGCUCGGCUCCUUCUCCAAAUAAAAGCCGCAUCACCUUGCUUGCCCAACGCCCCUAGUCCAUCUAGCUAGCCACUCUUGUCUUCUUCUUCCCCAGCUCUAGCUAGCUCCUCGAUUACCAUCUUAAUUCCUCUCACCAAAAGCACCAGUGCAUGCCAUGAUGAAGAAGCAGCAGCUUGCUGUUGGUGGCCUCUCCUCUCUCUUCCGCAGCAGCAGCAAUAAGCAGCAGGACACCUCUCCUACUCCUGGUGCAGUGUUGCCGUGCCGCCAUUCCUCCUCUUCGUCCAUGUCGUCCUCCUCCUACUCCGCGUGGCAAUGGACCUCCUGCGGCCUGCACCCAAGAACUCUCUCCUUCAGGCAGCUGCAGCAGCAGGAGGAGGAUGCCAGCAGGUAUGGCUGCCAGCACCGUGACGAUGACAGCCACAUGGCCAUGAUGAAGAAGCAGGCGGCUUAUUACAAGACCAUGAACUCCUCCUACUCCGUCGACUCGUGCUUCUCCACCAACUCCCUGGACUCCGUCGACAGCUUCUCAACGGCAUCCCACGCUGAGGCAGAGGCCGUCAUCCGGGCUGUGCGCUCGGACCGACUGCUCUUCGAGCCUGAGGACGCGUCCUCUUUCAAGGCAGCCAGCAAGCCCAACACUAAGCUGAUCAUCAAGGCCAUGGACGACGACGAUAAGGAUGACACCACCACCACCGCGAGCGAGGCAGCAACGGCAGCGUUCGGUGGCGCCAUGGCCAUGUCGAUGGAGUCUGAGAACCCGUACCGUGACUUCCGGGAGUCCAUGGAGGCGAUGGUGAUGAGCCAGGGGGGCGUCAAGGACUGGUUCUGGCUGGAGGAGAUGUUGGGAUGGUACCUGAGGGCCAACGGCAAGAGCACGCACGGGCUCAUCGUCGGCGCCUUCGUGGACCUGCUCGUGGCGCUCAGCACCGCCGCCUCGCCUGCAGAUUCGUCGUCUCCGGCCACCCCUGCUGCUGCAAACUGCUAUUCAGCCAGCGAUUGCUCAUGCUCCUUCUCCUCCAGUCCUUGUAGUUAGAAUGUACUAGCAGCGUCGACGGAUUAGUGAGCUGAUGAGGAGGAGGACGAUAUCAUUUUGGUUUCUUAGCGUGUUGGUUGCUGCAUCAUCAUCUACCAUCACCCGGCCCGUCCUCAAUAUAAUGUAAGAGAGAUGGAGUUGAUGGUCAUCGUCAUGUCCACCUCAUCAUCACUUAUAUAGGAAGGAGUAUAGUCUAGCAGGUCAUUACUACUAGCUUGUAGAUUUGUAGUUCAACUGCUUGAUUACCAGGCCAAUUAAAUUUCCAGUUA